AUGCCGUACCUUAAUCGCGAAGAUGCAAACAUCUUCUACACCGACCAGGGAGAUGGACAGCCGGUUUUACUCCUUCACGGCUACGCUUGCGACUCGCACGAUUGGAGCUUCCAGAUUCCGGUGCUUCUGGAGCAUGGACUUCGAGUCAUUGCCAUGGACCACCGAGGGCACGGCAGGUCGAAUGCCACGGAGCAUGCAUCAUACAACUGGGACGCAUUAGCAGAGGAUGCCAUUGCAUUGGUCAGAAGCCUCGAAGUCGGGCCCGUCAUCCUCGUUGGACAUUCGAUGAGUACAUGUAUCACAUCGAUGAUCGCGGCAGAGCAUGGUGGUAUAGUCAAAGCGCAUGUGUUGGUCCAUCCAAUCUAUGGCCUUGGAGAGCGUCUGCCACCCGCUCUGAUACAGUUGGUCGAGACCAUGAAAGACAGAAGAGACCGAGCAUCGGAGAUCGUCGCAUCGUGGUUCGAGCAGGUAAUGUAUACACAGGAUACACCGGACUGGAUCCGAACCUGGAAUCAUCGAAGAGUUCUCGAGACGUCUCCUGUAACCCUGCUUGGGUGCAUGAAGGGCAUGCUCGAGCUGGAUGAUAAGGUCAUUGGGAGGACUGAGCAAACCAAGGCGUUGAUGCGAAAGAGAAGUGCACCUCGGUUGGCAAUUUGUACUUCUCCUGCAGCGCUGGAGUGGGAGAAAGAGCUAGGGUUGAGAGAUGAGGUCGAUGAAGUCCAUAUCAUUGAGCAGGGCACGUUCGCGCAUAUCACUGCUCACGAAGAGGUGAACAAAAUCCUGGCCGGCUGGCUUCGGAAGAGAGGAUACGUCGUAUAG